AUGUCUGCUUGUAUUGCAGCAAAUAAGAGCAAAGAAAACUAUAAAAGGAAGGUAGUGAGUUUGGGCAUUGCUUAUAUUGCUCCAGAAGUUUUACUAGGUAGACCAUUUAUCAAAGCAGCAGAUAAUCAUUCCCUUGGAAUAGUGG